GGCCUUGUUGUGUCUUAAAAGUUUAGAAUUAACCUGCUGCUUGCUGCCAUGCAUAAGAUUAGAAAACAACCUUGACCUCAAUACAAUAUUUCUGACAGCAAAAGAAACAAAAAAUUAACCGACCUUGAGGAAAAACAGAUGAAGAGUCUGGAAUAGGCCAUCUGCAGACUGCUGAUGCCAGAUACCCCAGACGACCUACUGUUUGCUGGUAACCAUCAAACAAGUCAUGAUGAUUUGCACAAAGCUUGCUCUCUCCCCUGAACCCCCUUUACUGCUCCCCUUUAUAAGUUGCUCAGUCUCACAUGGAAGAUGGCUCAUGCCUGUAGUCCAGCACACUGGGAGACUGAGUCGAGAGGAUUGAUAUUUGUUUUCUAGGUUUUUUUGUUUGUUUGUUUUUUGUUUUUUUAGCUAGAGAUUUAUUUUAUUUUUUAUCAUGCUCUCAUUUGUAUUGACAACAGCGUUUAGGAAUAUGAACUUUCCUUUGAUCAGUGCUUUAGAGGUGUCCUGUAUUAUCCAUAAGCCAAAAAAGAGGAAAAAGCCCAAUGACCAUCAACUGAUAAAUGGAUAGUGAUAUAGCCAUACAAUUGAAUAUUAUUUAGUAAUAAAAAGAAAUUAAGUACUCAUACAUGCUACAACAUGGAUGAAUCCUGAAAACAUCAGAUAAGUGAAAAACAGCUAGACACAAAGACCACAUCUUUUAUACUGUAAUUCCAUUUACACGACAUGUCCAGGAUAGGCAAAUCUAGAAACAGAAAGAUUAGUUGUUGCCUUGGACUGCAGUGGUGGAAGUGGGCUGGGAGGAUUGGGAGAUUAUGGCUAACCGGGUCCGGGGUUCUUCUUGAGGUUGUAAAAAUGUUCUAAAAUCGAUUAUGGUGAUAGAUGCACAACUCUUUGAAUACACAAAAAGCCACAGGAUCGUACAUUUCAAAUGGGUGAAGUGCAUGCUUUGAGAAUUCUACCUCAAGCAAAACUAAAGGUCUAAAGAAGGGACUGAAUGUAUCAGAGGCAGGGAUGAUUUUAUGGACUGGCAGGUUUAUCUUUGUAAAUACGUGCACAUUUCUGCAGAAGGCUGAAGAAACAAGGAGAAAGGGCCCUCCGAAAAGCCUCUGAUGAGCAUCCUAACGCCUGUACUCCAAGUCUUAGAUGUCCUUUCCCCACCCUCCACGUCUGUCCCCGUCUCCCACCCAGUCCUCUGCGCUCGGCUCCCAGGUCGGGCGUCACCCUCCCGAUACUGGCAGCCUGAUGUGGAUCCAGGUCUACCGUGCACAGGGGAGGAAACUGAGACUUCCCUGACGCGGCCCCAGACGUCGUCGCUCUGCCUCCCGCCAUCCUGAUCCCUUAGCUCCUGAAGCCCCGCCCCCUACGCCCAUCGCGGUGCGUACACCGGAAGCGGAAGUGCAAAGCCGUGCGGCGGAGGAAGUCGGGACUCGCCCAACCACCCGCUUCUGAGAGAGGGUUUCGCCUCGGAGAGUGUGCUGCCCCCGCCCAGGAGGAAAAGCAUCUCCGCUGUUCUGGAAGACGCCCCCAGGGUCCUCUCCUCCCGGACCUGGCGACUGCGGUGCGUUCCGGUGAGCGGUGGACCGAGAUGCUCUGGCUGGGAGCGUCGGUUCUUGAAGCCUGAGAAAUUGCUCAGGUGGGCAAUUUAAGGGGCUUUCGUAGGUUUGCAGGAUUUGUAGGUUUAUAGAAAGAAAAACACGUGGCCGCAAGCUUUCUAUUAAAGGCUAGAUAGGGAUACCCUGCUGUUGUUUUUUAGGGUUUUUUGUUUGUUUGUUUGUUUUAGAUCAACAGCAGAACUGCCUAGGUCUGUACAUCCUCAAAGAGUUUUAAAACAGAGGGGCUUCCAGAAAGCAGGACGCAGCCUUCAUUAUGCUAGUGUCAUAAAUUAGGGCUGUGUUAACCGUGAAAGAGAUGUGUUUUGAUCAACUGGAGUUUGUUUUGCCCAUUUUAGACUGAAUAUUUCUAAACCAAGCAAAAUGUGAAAGUCUAGAACAUCGAACACCUAUGUAUUCUUGUUGUAGACUGACUUAGAUUGACCAUUUGUUAAUAUUUUGCUCUUUUCUGUUUCUCUUCAUCUCCUGUGUAUAAAUAAAUAUUUAUGAUAAAUUAAUCUUUUCUGGGUGUAAAUGUGAUAAAUAAAUUGAAAUAACGUGCAGAUGUGAUAUUUGAAUUUCAAUACUUGGUUACUUGCCUCACGUGUUAUACAAUAAAUCCUACAAAUGGAUACCCAAAAUGAAAACCCAAUAGAAAACUUAGCAAUACAUUUGUGUAGGCUCUUCAUUAAAGAACAUGGCGCAAUGGACAAUAAAUAUAUGAAAAGGUGCUUGAUAUUAGUAACCAGGGAGAUGCAAAUUGAAACCACAAAGUGAUAGUAGUACACACACAAGCUGAAUGUUUAAAAGUAAAUCUCAAGUGAGUGACAGUACCAAGUGUUGUUUAAAAUGUGCACUCAUUGCUGGUGAAAACACAUCUUUAAACAACAUCAACUAAAUAUGAACUGUUGAUAAUGCAACAGUAAUGCAUGCGUGUAUGUACCAGGAUAUAGGUAAGGAUUAUUCAUAGCGUUAUUUGAAAUAGCCCUAAAUUGGAAACAGCUCAAAUGUGGACACAUAGAAGAAUGGAUGGAUUGUGGCAUAUUUUUUUCUGUGACACAUGCUUCAGCAAAGAGAAGAACUAAAUCAAAGGUAGAUGAAUACAGCUGUGUAAGCCUCACAAACAUAAUGGUGAAUAAAAGAAGCCAGACACAAAAGAACGCAUACUGUUUUAUGCUGUCUCUUUAAAAUUCAAAAAUAGGCAAAAUCAACUAGAGUGUUAGGUGUGAGGGUAGUAUUGCAAUUGGGAGGCAUGUCUGAGAUACAGGGUAUGGAAAUGUUAUAUUUCUUGACCUAAACGGUGGUUAUAUGGGGCAGUUCAUUUCUUGAUAGUUCACUGAGAUUUUUAUUCAUACUUGCCUCCCUCAGUUGUAUGUCUGCAGUAAUUCAGUAAAAGAAGUUCAAGAAUUAAGUGUUCUAACUCUUGGAUCCCCAACCCCCAGGCCUGGAAUCAGUCCGUGGUCUGUUAGGAGAUGGGCCUCGCAUUACAACCUGAGCUCCACACCGCCACCACCCCACCCCCAGUCUGUGGAAAAAUUGUCUUCCAUGAAACAGGUCCCUGGAGCCAAAAAGAGAGAUUGCUAAUGAAUGAUGUUUGUGACUGAGAAGAAACAUCUGUUACUUAAUGAUUGAUCUUGUGAACCGGUUACUCAGACACUGCUCCACUAAUAAGUCAAGAUCAACCUGUUUAAAUUCACAAGCUUCUCUGAAGUAACCUGAGCAACAAGUGGAAUGUUCGGAAACAUUUCCCUCUCAGUGUCGCAGGAUGGCAGCCAUGGAUCUGACUUACAUGUGUGGUCCUCUUUCUCAAGACACUCUCUGUCUUCAUGAGAGGAACAUGGAAGACACAGGGACAGUGGCUGGGUUACUGAUGGGUUCUUCUCAGCACUUAGUAACCUUUGAGGAUGUGGCUGUGGACUUUACUCAGGAAGAAUGGACUUUGUUGGAUCAAACACAGAGAGAUCUCUACAGAAAUGUGAUGUUGGAGAACUACAAGAACCUCAUCACACUAGCAAAGUCUGAAUUAUGCAAACCUAUUCUCACGUCUCCAUUGGAAGGAGGGGAAGAGCUGAGAACAGGAGUGAGAAGAGUUCUUCUGCAGGAAUUGAAUUUGCAACUCAAAACCAAAGGCUCCCAACUGCUUCAAGAUAUUUAUGCAGAAAAAUUAUCAAAUGGAAUACAACUGGAGAGAAGCAAUACUGCAGAGAAACUCUGUGGCUCUAACCAUUGUGGAAAAGUCUUCAGUGAACAUCUAUCUCUUAUGACUCACAUGAGAACUCACAUUGGAGAGAAAAUUUCUGAGGAUAAUCAGAGUGGAAAAGCCUUAAGAAAGAACUUAAUUGGUAAUUUCUACAAGAAAACUCAUGUUGGGGAGAAAACUUCUGAGUUUUUUCAACAUGGAAAACCUUUUAGCCAGUAUCCAAAUUGUACUGGCCAGAAGAAAACUCACACACAAGAGAAAUUGUGUAAAUGCAAAGAAUGUCAGAGAACUUUAUUUAAGCAGUCAUCCCUUAAGGUACGUAUGAGAUCUCACAAUAGAGAAAAACACUAUGUAUGCAAGGAAUGCGGGAAGGCCUUCAGUAAUUCCUCACACCUUAUAGGCCAUGUAAGAAUUCACAGUGGAGAGAAACCCUAUAUUUGUAAAGAAUGUGGCAAAGCCUUCAUUCAGUCCACAGGACUUAAAUUACACAUCAGAACUCACACUGGAGAAAAGCCGUAUAAAUGUAGAGAGUGUGGCAAAGCCUUCACCCAUUCCUCAUACCUUACAGAUCAUAUAAGAAUUCACAGUGGAAAGAAGCCCUACAUAUGUAUGGAAUGUGGAAAAGCCUUUACUCGAUCCACAGGACUUAUUUUACACAUACGAAUUCACUCUGGAGAAAAACCAUAUGAAUGUAAGGAAUGUGGAAAAGCUUUUAUUCAUUCUUCAUACCUCAUGAAACAUGUAAGGAUUCACAGUGGAGAGAAGCCAUAUUUAUGUAAGGAAUGUGGGAAAACUUUCCCUCGUUCCUCAGGACUUGUUUUACAUAUGCGGACACACACUGGAGAAAAACCCUAUGAGUGUAAAGAAUGUGGGAAGGCCUUUAAUCAUUCCUCAAUGCUUCAUCAACAUGUAAGGACCCACACUGGAGAGAAGCCAUAUCAAUGCAAGGAAUGUGGGAAAGCCUUCACUCAGUCAUCAGGCCUUAGUACACAUGUAAGAACUCACACUGGAGAAAAGGCCUACGAAUGUAAGGAAUGUGGGAAAGCAUUUGCUCGGUCCACAAAUCUUAAUAUGCACAUGCGAACUCACACAGGAGAAAAGCCCUAUGAAUGUAAAGAAUGUGGGAAAGCCUUCAGAUAUUCCACAUGCCUUAAUGUUCACAUGCGAACUCACACUGGAGCAAAACCGUAUGAAUGUAAGGAAUGUGGGAAAAACUUCAGUCAGUCUUCAGCACUUGCUAAACAUCUAAGAACUAAGGCAUGUGAAAAAACCUGAAAUUGUCCUUAGACCUUAGUAUUUGUAUCUAAACUCAAUUGGAAGAAAA